AUGUCGGGCCAUGUGAGCAACAUCAGCUCUGGCGGCUACAGCCACCGGAAAGGUGGCUGUGACAUGCAGAGUACACCAGUGCACCCCGCAGCAGCCACACAAGUGCCUUGCAUGAAUCCCAUAGAGCGUGAGACUGAGCAAGCGCUGGCCAUUCAGCGCCAUCAGCAAACCGUCAACAUGGCGGAGCGGGAGCGCAUGCUGCUUGAACAGCAGGUGAACCUGGUUUUGCCGGCGCGUCAAGCGCAGCUGCAGCAGUCGCAGCAGGCGCUGAAGGAUCAGCUGCUUCAGAUGAAGCUGCAGCUCUUCACGAACCAGCAGCAGCAGCAGUCUACCAGCAACAUGGACAUGGAAUACCUGCGAAAUGAAAUGGUGGCGAUGCGCGGCGCUCUCUCCUCGAUGAGCAUGAACUGCACCUCUAGCAGCGACCCUGGCCUGCCAAGGCGGAAGCCCCACAAGCCGCAGCAGCGGAAAGCAACGUCAGCGCACACGAGGAAUGUCCGCAGGAGGCCCCAGCACGGAAGCCACAUCGACGAGGUCGAUUCUUGGGGGAGUCUUGAUGACAUCCUCUGCAGUGACGAGUAUGGCGGCGACCGCGCUGAAGCUUGCGAUGAGGAUUCAAGUGGCCGUAGCCCCUCACCGCGAAACGUCCGCCUCUUCACCCCGACGCCGUCGCAGAAAAUCCAUAGCGCGCUGAAACGCAUGCAAGCUGAGAUUCGCAGCUUGCGAGCUAUAAGUGCCGCCCGCGUGGAGCCGGCGCUCCCCAGCGCCCCGAUGGAGCCGGCGUUCCCUACCGCCUCGAUAUUGGAGCCGGGCCUGCACUUGCUCAAGCUUGCCGCCCUCGAAGGCGUCGACCUUGCCAUCCCUCUCGACGAGGUGGAUGUGUCGAUCAAGGUUUACUACAUGUCGCACGGGCACAACGAGUAUCUGCUCGAGCCCUAUCUCGAGCGCAGCUACCCACGGCGCCCCCCACCGUUAGUCCGUCAUGACCCCAACACAAUGCUGUUUACGGUUCCGCCGCUGGAGUUCAUCGUGCACUCGCCGAAAGAAAUGGUCGUGUUCGUGCUGCAGGUGUUUUACCGCGGCCGGCUGCUCUGUUGGGCCACCGUCUUCGCGAAAUCCACCGGCAGCUUCUCGGAGGGCAUUCGCCACAGCUGCUACGACCUCGCCAAGGCCCUGCAGACACCUGGUGGUAUGAUCCCCGAGGCGAGCGUGUCAGGCUACAUCGAGACCGACUCGCUGGACGUUCUGCAGCACGCCGAGUCGGUCCUGAACCGGAGCGCCGUUAGCUUCAGUGCUCGCUCCGGCUCUCCGAUCCCGCAGAGGCAGCAUGCACAGCUACCUGGACUACCACCACUGCCGCCGCCACCUCUAGGACAGCCGCUGCUACCCGGCAUGCCUGGUUGCGAGGGGCCCUUUUUACCGCCCACGUCAGGCGGCAACAUGAUGCUGCUGCAACCGACCAAGGGACCCGUCGCACACUUUAUCCUCCCUCCGCCGACGGGGGUGUCGAUCUUGGAGUGGAACCAAGAAGUGGUGAAGCACCUCAAGAAGAUACAGAAACCCCCGCCGAGCAAGGCCACCGCACCGGCGGCGAAAAAGGGUGGCGCCAACGGUAAGCGUGGCAGCAACUGGAAGCCAGCGUCGCCGCUGGGUCGGCGGCAGGUGAUGAGCAGCAGCAGCAGCGAUAGCAGCAUACAAUCGUUCUCUCCACUUUCCUCCACGAGUAUAUCGCAACCCACCUCCAACAGCAGCCCCUUGAGAGACCCCCCGCUUCCUAUUCACGGCCAGGUCGAGAUCAUCGGAGAAGACAUAAGCAAGUAUCCUCCUGUCAAGAGGCAGCAGCAGCAGCAGCAACGUCGUAGCCACCGUAGUGCCGUGCACUUUGCAAAGGCCGUCUUGAAGGAUGCGUCCACUGGGGAGGUACCCGCGGCAAAGUCGCCUACAAUGCCCAUUCAAAAGCCGCAGGAGGCCGCGAAAGUGUCCACGGUCGCCGUGUUGGCGAAGGAGCCGCUCUCAUCUGAUGUGUCGCCAUCCCAGACGCACACGCCGCCGUCGUCGACGAACGCCUCCAUCGCCACAUUAGCAGCCACGGAAGCCACAGCUGAGAAGCUGCCUGGCAAUCCCAAGUCAGCGAUGGCUAGUACUUUGUCGCCAUGCGUUCCUUCCACAGACAAUCAACCCGCCGCCCCCCAAGCCGCAACACCGCCGCCGGAAACAUGCAAAGUUCCUCGGGAAGACAUCCCACUGGUCGAGCGCAGCCGUCUGCGCGUUUUGACGGACCCGCAGGGCAAUCUUGCGGUGCCGCCAAACUACAAGCUGAACCCCAGCAACCCACCUUGCGUGAACUUCGACAAGCUCUACGCUACAGCCGACCCGCCUGUGAACCCAUGCGUGCUGCUUGGUCUCUCGAAGCCGACAGAUACGCCGCCAGCGACGCUGAAGGUGCCUGGGCACGGCCCGAAUGGAAACACGGUCGAUAUCUUUGUGGACGGUGUAUCUGGCGUCCCGCUCGGCGCGGUGUGCUCGCGUGUGCUGGUGUACAUCACCGACGAGUUGGACCUCGACACCGGUGCCCCUCGGAACCCACUUCACGACCCUCGUGUCUUCAUGCGGAAGCCGGAUCUCAUUGCCUAUCAGAACCUCACCUCGAGCAGCAUCGAGCCCAAGUUUGAGGCGAAGAUGAGCUCCAACGCUGGCGAUCAAACGCACGCCGUCGUCAUUGUGGAAUACAUCAACGGCAGCCAGGAGUCACCCAUCGUGCUUGGCCACUGCUGCUUGCCGAUUAACAAGCGCUUCUUUGCAGGCAACUUCGUGGCGCGCCUGAAGCUCGGCGAUCCCCGUCGCUCGCAGGAGCGGGCCGUUGACGAGAUGCGUUCGCCUGUCCGCAUCUCUGACGAGCAAAAGCGUGCCACGGAGAAGUACAACCAGCUGCAACUGGAGGCAAGCGUCGACUCGCAGGCGCUGCGCAACUUGAUGCCGUUACCAGCAUCCAAGCUUUCGGAGUGUGCACCGCUCGGCUACCUGAUAUGGCGCCUAGAGAGCCCCGACAUGCAGAGCCCCUUCUUCGAAAUGCCGCAGCAAGUGCCUCUGUCACAGCAAGAAGUGCAGCUCUUCGAGGGCCGCAAGAACCACGCGGAUGUGACGCCAAACUCAAAGGGGCUGACGUCGGAGAAGGCGGCCGACGAGGCGUUCAUCGGCUCCGGGACGACGCAGACCGACUCUAUAAGCUGUGUUGCUCCCUUCAGCGAGCAGCGCGGCGCCUUCGUGAAGGUGGAGGGCAUCCGCGGCGUGGGCGACGACGCAGCCAUGUACGUCGUGGUGGUCUACAUGGCCAAGGCGCCGAAGGGACGCCGGGUAUACUACACGAUGAUGCCCGACUGGGCCUCGGACGUUGGUGCACCAAUGUUCAAGGAUCCCCCAUUCGCCUUCCAAGGCAUCCGAUACGACCAAAGAAACGUUACGACGUACAUGCUUCUGAAGCUCUCGAGGUUGGAGAACGCGGCCAACCCGCCGUUGGUGGAGUGCGUCGGGUGGACCAUGCACAAACUCUUCAUAGACGAAGCGCCGGCGCUGCGCCAGGGACGGUAUGUGCUGCCGUGGCUGAAUGGGCCGCUGCCGCCGGCCGUGGUGCAAGAGCUGCUCACCCAGCAGGUCGGCACUGUGUUCCUCACGCGCAUGAACACAAAGGCCAUUGCCUACCUAGAGCCCAAGGCCACACUGACUAUCAGCCAAGGUGACCCGGCGUGCUGCGUGGCGCUCGUGGACAACACGCCCGGUCGUGCGCAGCCGCGUCAGCUACUCGUACCCACCGCUAUCAAGAAUGCCUUUCCCUCCUCCACAUGUGAAGGUAUGGUGGGGUGCACGCUGCGAAGAGCGCAUGAGAAGUGCUUCGGCGGCGGCGACGCGCGAGCCCUGCUGCAGCGCAUGAACAUGGCGGUGCAGGAAUACCUCACUGCAAAAAUGAAAGAACUCGAGGAGCUGUGA